AUGCGAGGAACAACGGAAUAUUCCAGGUAUGAAACUCAUCUGGCCUUCUUUAUGGCCGGAUUGAGCUGUAUGAUCAUUAACUCCGUGGUGGAUUUGGAAUCGUACGUAUUCCUACGAUUCCUAGGCACCACCAGUUACGACUCACAGACGAUCUCAUUCUUCCUGAGAAGAUUUAACCUAGUCAUAGGAAUUGUAAUGUGCUCAAUUUCAAUAGUAUACGGAUCCAGCGUAGUGUGCUCAGAGUGGCACUGGAUGCUGUUCAUCCUUUAUUUUCUAGUCUCUAUAUACAUCUACAUGUUGUCAAACAACUUUAUUCUGGUGGGCAAAUUCGCCUUGAUCCCAGUCUUUUGCAUAUCGCUAGUUUCUAACGGACUUAUGAUAGCAACAAUCAAGUAUAUAUUCGAAGGCUCCUACAAUAAAUAUGACGAUAACAACACACUCAGCCUGCUCAUAUUUAUCUGCGGAGCCUUCACUUCGGGUAUUCUCGUGAAACUCAUUCUGCAAUUAAGCGGUGACUUGAAAAUAUCCGAAGAUGAGAAUUACCCUGGUUUGAAACUGUUCAACAGGCUAUUUGUAGUCUUUGCAGUGAUUACACUAGUAACAUCAUUCUUGAUAUCUAGACUACCAUAUAGUCCAGAGGAUGAAAUCUCACCAAAGUCCCCAAACAAAUCCCUGAGGAAUGUUUUAUACUCUAAAAGUCGCUGGGUGUUCAUCAUAGGUUCACUCAGCUGGUCAUUUUCUCCCAUACUCAACAACUUAACAUUGUCAGUUAUUAACGAUUUAAACCCGCUUGAGGCACUCAACCUCGAACAUAUCCAAUUUUUAACGUCACUUACUUUUGCGUUUGGUUAUUACAUUUUAAUUUUAGUCAAGAUUGUAAAUUUGCAUAAGAAAAGUGGGCUUCCGUACACUUUCUACGAUUUGAUUUGUAAAAUUUUAAAAAUCACCCAUGAGUCAAAUCCAGAGGUCAUAUUAGACAAAGGAAUUGCUGAAGAUCUAAUGUCUAAUAAUGCCAUUAGUAUUAGGCUGUAUAGAGGCAUUCAGCCAUGGUGUUAUUUACAGCAUGGAUUUUGGACUCCAUGGGAAGUUUACGACUGUGUGGACAGCGCUCGGUUAAUGAAUGUGACUUCAGUGAAGAUGAAAAUAGCCAAGAUCCGAGGUGGGCCUGACUUCUCCAACUUAGACGAUGAUUGUCUGGAGCACAAGACCCUUCAGGAUGAAUAUUUGGAGAUUGUGGAUGCCAAACACCUACUGAUGUGGGAUAUAACAUGUUUUAUCACCCAGUGUGGUGACAUCUUGACAUUGAUGCCUGAUAUUUUUCACUGUUGUGAGCAAACUCCUAUUUCUUGUGCGUGUGGAUCGGCAAGUUCAGAAUGUGGAUGUUGUACACCAGUGCCUGAAACUAAAAAAUCACAUUGUUGUUUAACCUGUUUGAAAAAUUGUUGUAGUGAAGAAUCAAAAGCUAAAUGUGUUUGUUUUACUAAAUGUUUUGAAAAUUGUUUUUGUGGUGAAGAUUGUAAAUUCAUUGAAUGCUGUUAUGCCUGUGAUAUGUCUAAGUACCAUCAUUAUAAAACAUUUGUCUACGGUAUUCUGGUCACGUGUUGUCACGAAGCAAGAUGUUUGCUACAAAAGAUUUCAGAAUCGCCAGACUUGGAAGAUAAUUUGAUUGUGUCCAGAACUAAUGAAGUUUCUUUAUCUAUUCUGGAAAUGUACGCGAUUAGCUUUUUAUGUAUUCUAGUGUACGCAAGGAUAGCAGAUGAGUUUUUGUUGAUAUUUCAAGUGAUGAGGCAAAUAGCACUGGACUUAACUAAAUCAGUUAUAUGCUUCUUGUGUAAAUGUAAAUGUGAGGGACCUUGUGAGCCGAAGAAAGAUGAAAAAGAAAAAGAAAAAAUAUGUUCGGAACCUAGCUCUAAGGAAAAAGAAAAAAAAGAAUGUAAAUGUGUGUGCACUCUUUAUUGUAAAUUUAUUAAAUGUGUGGUUUUGUUGCAUGAAAGACAAAAUGAAGUUUGCAAAAUCAUUUUGGGACUAAGCAAAAAGUCACUUGCCGAGGAACUUCCAACACUCUCAAUGACUAGAUCGGUCUCGCUAUUUGCGAGUUACUUUGGAGAUUUCAUGUGCUCUGCAUUUUUGUGUGAAGAAUCAACAUGCAAUUGUAAUGGUAAAGGAAAAAACAAUUGUAAUGAUGAUAAUAAAAAAUGUCCCUGCUGUAGGUAUAGUACUAGAAUUGAUGACUUGCUUUGUAUGAUGUAUAAAGGCCUUCAAUAUUUGUCCGAAUUUGACGGGGUCCUUUCAACUAUAAUAUUCCACUUAGCAUAUUUCAGAGAAUUUAAACUUGAAGAAGUUAAUGAGCAGGUAGUCGCUACUUCUGAAUGCACUUGUUGCUGUAAAAAACAGGGAAAUAAUGGUUGUCAAUGUACUUGUAGCACCUCCCCUCCUGCCAAUUGUAAGUGUUGUUUGUGUUGUUUAUGUUGCCCAGCAGAUAAUUCUAAAGGUUGUAGUUGUGAUUGUGCAGGUACUCCCAAAAAGUGUUGCAUUUGUUGUAUAUGUUGUGAAGCAUGUCAAACUAAAAAGGGUGGAUGUGAUUGUUGUAAUGGAAACACUGGAAAAUGUUGUGUUUGUUGUGAAAAAUGCCCCAAAACCUGUUCUGAAAAAUGUGCUUGUUGCAGCAAGGAUUGCUCAGGAUGUUGUUGUAUGUGCUGUUUAAUAUGUAAAAAGAAGGAAAGUGAGAGAUACCCGCUUCUUAAGCUCUGUGAGAACAGUAAGAAGAACCUGGAACUCAUCACGAGCACAAGAAGAUGUAUGGUAGUGCAAUCGAUGUUGGAUUACAUGAAUAAGGCAAACCUGUUUAGAGAUACAAUGAAGAACCUGAAUAGAACGUCGAUAGGACUAACGUUAAUUUUGUUGUAUUUUAUUUCAAGUCUGCUGUUGUAUUCGUUUUGCGUGGUAGGGAAUCAUAUAUCGUAUGUGAGAAACGUGCCAAAUAUCAAAAAAUUAAAGUACACAAUCCCAUUCUUUUCGAUAAUCACAGUGAUUACGAUCAUCCACUCGUUUGUGUAUUUGUCGGAUUUUGGAAAGGACUCGUCACUGAUAAUAAAUUUGAUGAUACUGAUAAGCAUGAUAAUUUCGACACUGUGCUCAUGGAUCACGCAGUGGCUGACAUAUCGCAUUCUUUUGUAUAACCAAUUUGAAGGUUUUUAUACUAAACUAAGAUUAAUAUAUACAGGAGUUCUUACAACCUACCAACCGAGUUUCAGUUGGUGGUCGGAAGGGUUCACAAGCUUCAUAAAAACAGAUUUCUACACAAUGUACAUUCUACUAACACUGAAGAACUUUUAUGAAUACUAUGACCCAUUCUCGUUUGGAUUCACCUCAAAACUAAAAGUGAACUACACGAUGCUCCAGUCACACCAGUACAUGAACAUCCAAACGAAAAUGGGCCACCUGAUAACCAGCGAAGAGUUCGUGAAGAAAGUAGAGAGGCUUCUGUUAGACAAGAGUAAGUUCGGAAAGAAGUACCAUUUGAAGGAUCUGUUGGAUUACAGAGCGUUCCAGCUGAUUCCGAAGGAUAGUUAUUCCUUCCUGACUGAUUUGGGUGAUUUCGACAAGGUAGAUUACUCAGUUGACAUGCUGUAUGAAUCGUGGUGUAAAGGCAGGAAGAUGACCCAGGAAAUGGAUCGCUUGCAAACUCUGAGAGAACAGUCUUUGAAAAUAGUAGAAAAUUUCGUCCAAGAAGAAGUCAAAAGGAACAACUAUGACCGAGAGUCAAUUAAAAAGUUAAAGAAAUUCUUUGACUUUCAGACCCAUAUCUUAACAACCUUGGCUGAAAGGUGUUUGGAGGAUGCAGUGAACAUUGGAGAUAAAUUGUCAUCCAUCGACUCGAGUAUAUUGAUCACAGUUUACGAGUUAGAAUAUAGAAAGAAAUGGGAAACUUAUUUCAAUAAGAUUGAUGACCUCGUAGAAGAAAUAGUGGAAGAAAUCGAAGAAGAGUAUGUUCCCUAUGAAAAGAAAAGACUAAUGAACCUUUGUACUGUCUGGAAAAUGGUAAAGACAAGUCAUUGUUUGGAUAUUUAUUCUAGCUUAGUAUGUAAGGCUGCAGUUGACACAGCAAUGGAUGAAUUUCAGGUGCUUCUGUUAGACCAAAAUAACGAUGACCCCGUUCAAUCUUUUAUUGACUUAAUUUCAACUUCAGAACAAACUGACAACGUAUCAAACGAAAUUAAAUUGUCCAAGUAUCUAUCUCAUGUUAGCAAAACUGGCGAUAUUUCGGAGUUGAACAAGAUCAAGUCCGAAAUUUCUAGUUUGAUUUUGAGCAACGCAAGUAUGAACAAAUAUUUGGGUUCUUUGUUAGAAGGGUACAUAUCGGUUUGUAAGUCCAUUUGCAAUGAGUCUAACAUUUACAGUUAUGUUAACCGAAACAAUGAGAUUAUCAUCGGCGAAUGGAUUAGGUGGCAAGGCCAGCAUAUAACUCACGACCUUAUAAAACUUUUAUCCAAGAUUUACACAAUUCAAUCUAUAAGAUAA